CUUGUCCAGUCUGGGCUCCCGCUGCGGGCGGCGCACCCCUUCGUCGCCGAAGCCCGGUUCCUGCCGUGUUUUGAAAAGUCCCUGUGAGCGCCCUGGUAUCCCCGGCGUCUCGAGAGGACCAGGACAUAACAGCUUUCCCGAGAAGGAAAGAAACAGCAGGUGUUGGACAGGAUCUCAAGAUGGCUGGGCGAAAACUUGCUCUAAAAGCCAUUGACUGGGUAGCUUUUGGAGAGAUCAUUCCCCGAAACCAAAAGGCUAUUGCCAACUCCCUGAAAUCCUGGAAUGAGACCCUUACCUCCAGGUUGGCUACUCUCCCUGAGAAUCCCCCUGCUAUCGACUGGGCUUACUACAAGGCCAAUGUGAAGAAGGCUGGCUUGGUAGAUGACUUUGAGAAGCAGUUUAAGGCCCUGAAGGUUCCUGUGCCAGAGGAUAAAUAUACUGCCCUGGUGGAUGCUGAAGAAAAAGAAGAUGUGAAAAGUUGUGCUGAGUUUUUGAACCUCUCAAAGGUCAGGAUUGAAGAGUACCAGAAAGAGCUGGAGAAGAUAAAGAACAUAAUUCCUUUUGAUCAGAUGACCAUCGAGGACUUGAAUGAAGUCUUCCCAGAAACCAAGUUAGACAAGAAGAAGUAUCCCUACUGGCCGCACAAGCCCAUUGAGAAUAUGUAAACUUGAGUCCAGGAGAAAGUUCUGGUUCUCCUAAUUCUGAAUAUUAAAAGUAAUUAUUAUA